AUGGGCGAGCACAACCUCCUGAACCCCGGCUUCGUGGGCCCGCUGGUCAACAUCCACACGGGGGACGCCUUCUACUUCCCGAAUUUCCGCGCGUCCGGCGGCCAAAUCCCGGGAUUGCCGUCCUUGUCCUACCCCAGGAGGGACAACUUUGGCUCCUUGCCCGCCUGGGCAUCCUCGGAGCCCUGCAAUGGGUACCCGCAGCCCUACCUGGGCACGCCCGUGGCGCUCAACCCCGGCUUCGGCCGCGCCUGCGAGCUCGCCCGCGGCGACGAGGGCAAGUGCUACUACCGAGAGGGCGACAAGCGCGACGACAGGGGCAGGGACAGUGCCCUGCUGCCCCUGGAGCCGCUGCCGGCAGCCGGGAUGGGAGGGAAUUUCGGGAAGUUUGAGUAUCCCGCUGCAGAGGGGAUGGCGCAGGACCCGCCGUCCUGCCAGUCCCUGGAGUCGGAUUCGGGCUCGUCGCUGCUCAACGAGGGCAAUAAAGGGGACGCGGCGGGGUUGGUGUCACCCCUGAACGCCGGGAGUGCUGGUGCUCCGUGGUACCCGAUGCACACGCGAUCCCGGAAAAAGCGCAAACCCUACUCCAAGCUGCAGCUGGCCGAGCUGGAAGGGGAAUUUUUGGUCAACGAAUUCAUCACGCGCCAAAGACGGAGGGAGCUCUCGGACCGGCUGAACCUGAGCGAUCAGCAGGUGAAGAUCUGGUUCCAGAACCGGCGCAUGAAAAAGAAAAGACUCCUCCUCAGGGAGCAGGCGCUGUCUUUCUUUUAA